CUCAGGUUGAGCUCCACGCUGCGGCUCUAACGUGAUUAAACCCGCAGAUGAUUCACGUCGUGACCGCGUGCUAAUCAGCUGAUGCGCCACAGCCGCCCCUCCUCUGUAUUUAACUGCUGCUGCCGGCACAUGUUCCCGCUCCGCACCGCGCUCAUCAUGCCUCCGUUUGACAAACUCCAGCUGCAGAACAAACCGUUCAAACAGAGGAAGAGCUUCGCUAUCAGGAAACAAGAAGUGGCGGGGAUCAGGUCCAAGUUCCCCAACAAAAUCCCGGUGAUCAUCGAACGGUAUGAGCGGGAGAAGUAUCUGCCUCCGCUGGACAAGACCAAGUUCCUGGUGCCGCAUGAACUCACCAUGACUCAGUUCGUCACCAUCAUCAGGAACAGGAUGGCUCUGCUGCCCACUCAGGCCUUCUACCUGCUCAUCAACAACAGCGGUCUGGCCAGCAUGUCUCUGACCAUGGCCCAGGUGUACAAAGACCACCAGGACGAGGACGGCUUCCUCUACAUGACCUACGCCUCGCAGGAGAUGUUCGGACACUGACGGGAGGCCUCACUCCCCAGGUUUUAUUCGGUGUUGAAGAUGCUGAGCUCCAUGUCUGCUGUAAAUAGAAAAACAUUUUGUAUAUAUUGUAAUAUUUGUGGCACUUGUCUGGAUUUUAAUGAAAGUAUGUGGCUCCAAUAAAUCUUAAAUCUAAACCAUGAGUGAACGUGCAGUCUGUAGCGAAACCAGGGUGAUUGUGACCUGGAAACUGAGUUUUCCAACAAACUCAAACGUCUCACAUCAGCCUGUUGCAUUAAACCCACAUGUAAUCAAUACAGCUUUUUAACCCUUACCUGACCAACUUUCAUACGACUGUCUGGGCUCGAGUCGUUAGAAACUCGUCACUGUGUGAAGCUUUAGACACUUUUGUUCUUGAUUCAAUUUUUCACGUUGAAAUAAAAGCAAAGAUUUCUAAAUGCAGGAAGUUCUCUCAAAUCUGGUUCAUAAAUGUUUGAAUCCCGGUCUCCACAA